UUCAUUCCACUUCAAUCAUUGGCCCCUCUCUCCUAUAUGAAGUGCUUAUUUCUCUCUUAAAAGCUUCUACCUUAACUUGAUUAAAGCUUUGUAUUUGUGUUUCUGUGGAGGAGAAGCAACAAGAACAGUAUAAUCUUGGUAAUUGUUCAUACGAGAUUUGAGUUUGUAAGAAAAGGGUUUGUUUUUGUUUGUUUUGUGCGUUGUUGAAAUCUAAGGUUUUGAGUUUGUUUUUGUGUGGAGAUUGUGAGGAAGAAAGAGGGUUUUGAGUUUUUCAUAUAAUGGUUUUCAUGUCUGAUUUUAUUUUCGGUGGAGAAGAAGAUAAAGUUGAAGAAGGAGAGUGGGAUAAAGAGAGAUAAGUCAAAAGCCAUAAAUUCUAGCAGAAGUAGAGAGAAAUUAAAGCACAUAGAAGAAAGAUAAAAGGAUUUGUUCAAGUUUAUUUUGAUCUGCUUUUGCUGGUUGAUUGGCAAUGUCUGCAACAGUAAGUGAUCCAAUGGUGGUAUCUACCCCAGAAACAGCACAGGCAACCACAAAACUCAUAAAUCAAAUUGAAGUUGAGUUUGCAAAAUGUGAUUGUUGUGGCCUAACUGAAGAAUGCACACCAGAAUACAUUGAAACGAUUCGCCAAAGGUAUCAGGGGAAAUGGAUUUGUGGGCUGUGUGCAGAGGUUAUAAAAGAUGAAAUUAUAAGAACAGAAAGACUUAUUAGCGCUGAGGAAGCUAUGACUAAGCAUAUGGAUUAUUGCAAAACAUUUAGAUCCUCUAGGCCACCCCCGGAUCCUGCAAUUCUUUUGAUAUCUGCAAUGAGACAGAUUCUUAGAAGAAGCUUGGAUUCUCCUAGAGCAUUAAGAUCAACUCCCUCUAGUCCUAUUGACAAAGUCACUGAAAUUCGCGGACCAGGACUCGCAAGGUCUGAAAGUUGUUUCCCUGCCUUGUCUGGAUGAGGUUGAGAUUAUGGAAGUGAAAUGUAAAUUGGAGGUAAACAUGGGGAAGAUCAAAAUUCAAUAGAUGCAAAAAUAAAAGAAAAACAAAAGGGUUAAGCUUAGAUAUAUAUGUGCAAUGUAGUCAUCAAUCUUAAAUACAAAACUUUAUUUUUUAGUUGUUGGCAACAUCAA